AUGAGUCUCCUGCAAGACGUCCUCCGCACCCAAACUAUCGAUCAGAACGGGAACACGUUCUCGAUCACGGAACGUCUGCAGACGCAGCGUUCAGACCAAGAGAGCGACGAUGAGAUAGUCGGCGUGGUCUCUGCGCCUGGCACUCGCCCCGCGUCGCGAACUCCUUCACGUCCAUCGUCCCCGGGCCCUCGGAGCGCUGCUCGUCGGCCGUACCAGGCGGUGUCUUUGUCGACGACAUUGCCGAGUGACCCUCUAAGGGCGCUCCCGACGGACCUUUCCCAGCGCAUCUUCGCGCAGCUGUCGAUCAGGGACCUCGCGCGCUGCUCGCGGGUAUCCAAGAAGUGGAAUAGGAGUCAGACACUGAACUAUGUCUGGUUCCAGCAUUAUCGCAAGGAGAACUUCCACGACGAUAGUUUGCCGCCUGGCAAGUGGACGAAGCGCGAAUCGAAGCAGAACUGGCGGACAACCUACCUCCAGACAGUUGCCUCUCGCGAUUCCGACACGCUUGGGCCCGUCUACCACUCGUACUCCGGCCGGUCCACCCCAGGGGGUUCCGGCGCGCAGACGCCACGCGAGCUGCGCGAAGACAAGUGGCGCUCGGAGACCGAGGGUGAGGCACGUCCGUCGAAGAAUGAGAUGCGCGAGAUGUACAAGGAGCUGAAGGGCCGGAAGGCCAAGAGCAAGUUCAAUGUCGGCGCUGGCGCCGGCGUGCGUGAUAGGGGUGGAUGGGCAGAAGGUGGUGAGGAAGGCCUGUACGAGUAG